GUUGAAGGAGGUGACGAGAGCACCAGUGGAGGCUUUCGAGGAGGCUAUCGUGGCAAAGAUGAAGAAAUCUUUUUUGAAGGGAACAACAAAAAUCGUGAGACUAAGGAUGUGAGCGACAGUGACAAACCAAGGGUCCUGUAUAUUCCCCCAGCCCUCUCUGAAGAUGAAGACUCAGUUUUUUCCCACUAUGAGACAGGCAUCAACUUUAACAAGUACGAUGACAUUACGGUGGAUGUCAGUGGACCAAACCCACCAAAGGCUAUUAUGGUAAAGUGCUGACAUAAUCAGUAGAUU